AUGGAAUAUGUGAAUGUUGAUGUAUUAUACACAAAUAUGAUAACUUCAUCUUUAGCAUUCUUCAAGGGCAGGAAAAGAAGUAUUGUGCUUAAAAGAAUGAAAAUAUGUCUCAUGAUAAUAAUGAUACCAGAAGAGAAAGAACUUAAGUUUCUGCUUGAAAUGUUAGCUGUGUGGCCAGAUGGUAAAGAAGAAUGUCCCAGUAGUGAAUGCUAA